AUGGUUGCCAUUGCUUACCCAUUCUUGGUCUCGCUCGCCGCUGCGUUAGUGGUGAGAGACCAAACUCCUAAACCGCUUUCGUUCACGUUGAACAAGCAGUUGACGCCAAAGUUGGUGAAACCUGCCCCUCUCGGUGAUUCCUCCAACAAUACCAACAAAGUUGACGACAAGCCCAGCAAACUUGACGCUGGCCAAAAUAUCGACAUCUACGCCGCCAGCGCCUUGUACUUAAUCAAUUUGGGGUUGAUUAGCCAAGAUCAACAAGUGGAAGUAUUGUUGGACUCUGGCUCCUCAGACUUGUGGGUCGACGCUUCCAAAUUGAACGCUACCUCUGGCUUUACCAAGAAUGGGGAACUGUUUGGCAUUGUCUACGGCGACGGGCUGACAGUGGUGGGUGACUUUGGCACCUCGUCAGUGUGGCUCGACAAUGGUGUUGAGGUUAAGGAUUUACAGUGGGCAUUGGCCACUGAUGUCAGAAUAGACUCCGGCAAAAAAAAUGGUAUUCUCGGCAUUGGUAAAGAGGAUAACGAGUCUCCCGUCCAUAAUAAAAAACCUCCCUACCCCAACUUUACCCAGAAGUUGAAGGAUGAAGGCUUUAUUUCAACCAACGGCUAUUCAUACUUUUUGAACAAAAUUAAUGCCACCUCUGGUACCAUUACCUUUGGUGGUCGUGAUCUUGCCAAAGUUAAAGGGCCUGUGGCUACCCUUACCCCAAACACUAGCGACAAAGACUCCGCCUUCGAUUCGAUUACCAUUUCCAAGUUUGCCACUUCCAAUGGUCAGACGUCAGGCCCUGUUGAAGCCGUUUUGGACACUGGUACCACUUUCAGCUUCCUCCCUUUCGAUACUCUUCAGGCGCUUGCGGUGCCCUACACUGGCUGGGACGAGUCUGGUACUUGGUACAUUGAACACGCUGACCCGGACAAGUACGUGUCGUUCUUCAUUGGUGACAUUGAGAUCAAAAUACUGUACGCCGACUUGGCCAUCCCGGAAACUGACGCCAACGGCAAACUCACGGGCAAGUACCUCUUUGGUCUCCAGUCGACGGAGCGGGAGCCUUAUAUCCUCGGCGAUACCUUUUUGCGCUUCGUCUACGUCACUGUCAAUCACGACGACAACCAGGUGUUGAUAUCUGACGUCAACUACACCGAAGAGGAGAACAUUGUCAGCCUCUAG